GCCAGAAAGGACUAUUUCUCAGCUACCCAUUUUCUUAAAUUUUGCUUUUGAUAAGUGCCCAUUUCAUUAGAUUCGUUUGAUUUACACAAUGUCGGCUCCGGCGCCGUCGACCAACACAACCUCGCCGCCACCGCCCACAGCUCCGGCGCCUUCUGCGCCUACGCCGCCAUCCCCCACCGCACCGCCUCCUUCGACUCCUAGCGCACCGCCACCAGCGACCCCGAGCGCGCCACCACCAGCCACUUCGUCGUCACCACCACCGUCGUCGACCACACCCACACCACCAUCGACGACUCCACCUCCGGCCUCUUCUACAUCCCCGCCGCCGCCGAAAUCAACCACCCCAUCUCCUCCUCCGCCGAAAUCAACCACCCCGUCUCCUCCGCCGCCGACUUCUUCGGGUUCUACGCCUUCUACCCCCUCAAAGAGUCCUCCGCCUCCGCCAAAAUCGUCUUCGUCGCCGUCACCGCCAUCUUCAGGCUUGGAGUCGGGGGUUAUAAUCGGGAUUGCCAUUGGAGCUGUGGUGAUCUUAGUGGUGCUGAGUCUUUGCUGCAUUUUUUGCAGUAAGAAGAAGAAAAGGAGAAGAAGAGAUGAAGAGUAUUAUAUGCCUCCGCCGCCGCCUCCUGGCCCCAAAGUUGACCCAUACGGUGGUCCGCCACAUCAGUGGCAACAACAUGCUCCUCCGCCUGGAAAUCAUGCAGUCAAAAUGAUGCCGAAGCCAUCUCCGCCACCACCAGUAGCAUCACGGCCACCACACUCACCACAAUAUAAGCCAAAUCCGGUGGCACCACCACCACCUUUCACAAACAGCAGUGGAGGUUCUGGUUCCAAUUAUUCAGGGGGUGAUCUACCCUCACCACCACCUCCACCAGCCUAUUCCUUGGGGUUCGCUAAAAGCACAUUCACAUAUGAGGAACUAGCGUUGGCAACUGAAGGCUUCUCGGAUUCCAAUCUUCUUGGUCAAGGUGGAUUUGGAUACGUACACAAAGGAGUCCUUCCGAAUGGGAAGGAAGUAGCAAUCAAGCAGCUGAAAGCUGGAAGUGGGCAAGGGGAGCGUGAAUUCCAGGCAGAAGUUGAAAUUAUUAGCCGUGUGCAUCACAGGCAUCUUGUUUCACUGGUUGGAUAUUGCAUGACUGGAUCUGAGAGACUACUGGUUUAUGAGUUUGUUCCCAAUAAUACUAUGGAGUUUCACUUACAUGGGAAGGGACGACCUACCAUGGAUUGGUCAACCAGACUAAAAAUUGCUUUAGGGUCUGCAAAAGGACUAGCCUAUCUUCACGAGGAUUGUCAUCCAAAAAUUAUUCAUCGUGAUAUUAAAGCCGCUAAUAUACUUUUGGAUUUCAAGUUUGAGGCAAAGGUUGCGGAUUUUGGACUUGCCAAGCUUUCAUCUGAUCUUAAUACUCAUGUUUCCACCCGAGUGAUGGGAACUUUUGGGUAUCUGGCUCCGGAAUAUGCUUCAAGUGGAAAACUCACAGAUAAGUCAGAUGUUUUCUCCUUUGGGGUUAUGCUUUUGGAGUUGAUUACUGGACGUCGGCCUGUUGAUGCAUCUCAAACUUACGUGGAGGAUAGUUUGGUUGAAUGGGCAAGGCCUGUGCUAACUCGAGCUUUGGAAGAAAGAAACUUUGAUGGACUAGUAGAUCCUAAGCUUCAGAAUAGUUAUGAUCCCAACGAGAUGGCUCGUAUGGUUGCUUGUGCUGCAGCUUGCAUACGUCAUUCUGCACGGCGUCGACCACGAAUGAGUCAGGUUGUCCGUGCUUUAGAGGGAGAUGUGUCUCUGUCCGACCUCAACGAAGGAAUCCAGCCUGGACAGAGCAAUGUCUACAGUUCUUACGGGAGCUCGGACUAUGACUCAAGCCAAUACAAAGAGGACAUGAAAAAGUUCAGAAAGAUGGCAUUGGGAAGCCAGGAGUACGGUGCUAGCAGCGAGUAUAGCGCGCCUACCAGUGAAUACGGUUUGUACCCAUCCGGCUCAAGCAGCGGGGAAGGCCAAAGCCGCCAAACCACCCGAGAAAUGGAAUUGGGAAGGAUAAAGAAAAACAAUCGCGGUUUUAGCAGUGGAACCUCUUAAACACAGCCAAUGCACCAGUUUUUUUCCUGUAAAAAUUCCUCCCCCCCCUCCCCAUAUUCUUAACACUUAUAUCACAUCGGUUUCAAGAACGGCUUGUUUGUGAACCAGUUCGAUCUAUUUUUUCCCCUCCAUUUGACUUAUUCGAAUUAUCGGUUUUUAUAGUGUAUUUAGCAGUGUUUAUACGACAGCUGACAAAGAUUGUUAUCCAAUUCUUUUUAUCUAUGCUUAAUCUUUCUUCUUUCA